GCUUGGUGGCUUUUUAUUUCAAUGGUGGUCUGUCUUUUGGGACAUGUUCAUUGCUAAGACAAAUGAGAAGCACUUUGAAGCUGCUGCAUCUUACAUUGAGGUCCGUUUCAAGAAUAAUUACUCUAAAGCUGCUGCAUUCAUUGAAUGGUGCAUGGUUGACGAGAUUGCAAUCCUUUUACGUUAUUCAUUGGUGCAAGGAAACUCUGAUUUUUUGGAAUAUGUUCUCGCGCGAACAGAUGUGGAUACCUUGGGUUCCUUCCCAUAUGAACCACCUCCACCACUUGCAACUCUGCCCCCCAUUAAAAGAAAUGAAGGACAUGAAACAGAAAAGGAGGUUUGUGGAGAAAUCUACAAGGCUGAAUUGCCAGGAAGCAAUGGAAAGAUGAUUGUCAUAAAGAACAUUAUUCAGCCUUCAAAGGAAGCUAUGGAGUUGACUGAAGAAGAUAGCAAGCUUCUGAACAAGAAGAUGCAACAAAUCUAAUAAGCAAUUGCCACAGUUGGCCAAAUUUAGCAAUGAAAUCUUCUUCUUCUUCUGGUUCAUGUUGGUUGUCUUGCCAAGAUGAAUCCCUUGCCAACUAGGUAUUCAAUCAUUGUCAGUGCCUUUUGUUGAUUCUUUUGUGUUUUGUUUCACCAUGUGUUACCAGUGUUAACUAGAAAGUUAUUUAUUGAGGAAGCUUCUGGUCAAGUGCUUUACUUAUAUAUUUAUUUCUUCUUUCAAGUUACAUGCUUUCAAGAAAAGAAUUUUUUUUGC